AUGUCUGGAAAAGUUCCCGUGUAUCGUCUACCACCUUUACCUCGUCUUAGAGUGAAAAAGCCUGUUAUUAAACAAGAGACAAACAGAUGUCUCGUAUUAAUGUCAAAUCUUCUACAAUGUUGGUCUUCUAAUGGACAUAUGAACCCAGCUUGUGCAGACCUAGCAGCACAGUUGAAGGCAUGCACUUCGGAGACUGCCCUAGGGAAGACGAACAAAGAACAAAAGAGUAAUAUCAACUAUCACGCUGCUAGACUAUAUGGUAAGAUUAGCGGUAAACCACAUGAUUGA